CGUAUGGUCCCUAUGGUGUGAGCGCUCCGCAUUUGCCUGCAGUCUAUGGAUGUCCCUCUGGCACAGAAGAGCCUCUGAGGAAAGAGUCAUUCUCAGACCAUGUACGUCCUCUGCUCACUCCUAUAUCUCUCCAUCCAGAACUUUGUGGGGUUCCAGCGGACGGAGAUCACAGACGGCAAUGUCAGUGAGAGAAAAAUGAAGAGGGGGGCAAAGCGACGUCCCACGCGGGACAGGACUGGCCUAUCAUUGCGCACCGCACCCACCACACCCAGCAUGACGCAGGUUGUGCGCUGUUCCCGCUGUUGGAUCCUCCGAGUGACCCCAUGUAUGAGAGACUCCCUGAGAACGCACGGCUGCUGGUGGUGCGCGGUAUCAGGGAAGGCGUGUAAGAUCACCAUCCCACUGACCAUGGUGGGUACCCUGCCACAAGAUGUCCCCAAACCCCCAGAUACAGAGGGACCCCAGCAGAGACCCCCAGAGGGGCCUGGAGCACCCCGACCGCUGUUGACAAGACUGCAGGAAAUGAGAGCGUCCCAAGGAAGAAGACAACUACAGGGAGAGCCACGGGACACCACUGACCUGCAGAUACACCUGCAACGUCUGAAAGUUCGUCAAGACCUCCGUCCAACCCCAGCCAGAGAGGAGCGGAGUUCACCCAAGUCUGACCACCUCCCAGAGGACAGUCUGCCCCGCCGAGUAGCCCUCCAAGAGAGGAGAGCGCUGCAUAUGAGACUGCAGGAGGAUCGAGCGAAGCGGGAGGAGCGAGCGUUUCAGAAGGUGCAGGAGGAGAGAGUGCUGCAGGAGGUGCGGGAAGAGAAAGCGCUGCAGGCCAAGCUGCAGGAGGUGCAGGAAGAGAGAGUGCUGCAGGCCAAGCUGCAGGAGGUGCGGGAAGAGAGAGUGCUGCAGGCCGGUCUGCAGGAGUGGCAGGAGAAGUUGGAGCAGAAGCAGAAGGAACAUGUGGAUAUGUGCAGGAAGGUACAGGAGAUGCAGCGACAGUUGGAGGAGAUGUCCGGUCUUCAACAGGGUGGGACAGAUCUGGAAAAACAUAGAGAUCUUCUGGUGUCUGAGAAUGGCCAUCUGCGCCAAGAACUGCAGCUGCUCCGGAAUCGUUUGGACAGUGCAAGUAAUCAGGAAGUUGCAGCUCUGGAGGAACGUCUGCAGCGGAUGGUGCAGGAAGAGAGCGAGCGCAAGGCGCUGAUCUGCGCUCUGCAGAGAGAGGUCCAGCAGAAGGCGGAGCGAUUGGCAGAGGUGGAGCUUCGAGUGAGGGACUCAGUACGUGAGAGGGUGGAGGAGGAGGAACGCCUGAAUCGCAGGCUACGAGAAUACCAGCAACAGCCUCAGAUAAAGUAUGUGGUACAGACGGUGGAGGUGGAGUCGGGGAAGAUGAAGGCUGCGCUCAGCCAGGCGGAGGAGCAGACGUUGUACCUCCAGGAGCAGCUGGACAGACAUAACCGGACACUGCACGAGAUGAAGAAACAACUACAACACGAACAGCAGGAGGCAGCCAAACUGCGAGCGCAGGUGGCGCUGUAUACGGCAGAGUUGGAGCGGGUCCAGGCAGAGAUGGUACAGGAGUUCCAGGUUCUCCAGGAGGAGAAGGCGCAGGCAGUGGCGGAGGCCUAUGACCGAGCACAGGUGGAAAUGAAAGCCGUACACCACAGCCUGGAUGGUGUGCGUAGGAAUCUCCUUGUUCUACAGCCAGCCCUGCGCACUCUCACCCAGGACUACAACAGUCUGAAGAGACAAGUGCGGGACUUCCCUGGCCUGCUCAGCCAAGCCAUGAAAGAGGCCCGAGAUGAGUUUUCCAAGGGCAUAAAAAGCGUUCAGGAUGCCAACAACGAACUCCUCUCCAAAUACAGACGAGAACUUCACCUGCGCAAGGAGUGUCACAACCAGUUAGUGCGCCUGCGAGGAAACAUUCGAGUCCUCACUCGUGUUCGACCAAUCACAGAUGAAGAUGGUACAGGCCCAGGUGCACAGAACGUGGUUACUUUUGACCCAGAUGACGACGGGAUCCUCCAUGUGACACAUAAAGGGAAAUCUAUGAGCUUUGAGAUGGACAAAGUUUUUACACAGAGUGCCACCCAGGAGCAGGUUUUCACAGAAGUGUCUCCACUCAUCACAUCCUGCUUGGACGGUUACAGCGUCUGUAUUUUGGCAUACGGUCAGACGGGUUCUGGUAAAACUUACAGCAUGGAGGGUCCUCACGCUAAUCCAGGAAUAAACCAGCGAGCGCUGCGCCUUCUCCUCUCUGAGGUCAGCAAGCGAUCCGAUUCCUGGGAGCACCAUCUAAGCGUCAGCAUGGUUGAGAUCUACAACGAGUCACUGCGGGACCUGCUGGGUGCCGACAGUAACGCCUCUUUAGAUAUAAAGAUAUCUCCAGGCAGUACUGGUGAGCUCUAUGUUCCGGGUCUGACGCAGCAGAGUGUCCACAGCAUACAGGACAUUAAUAAGAUCUUGGAAUUUGGACACAAACAACGAGCCACAGAACAAACCAAUCUAAACACACACAGCUCCCGCUCCCACGCUCUCCUUAUUCUUACUGCCAGGGGUCGGGAAACCAGCACUGGCAUCUGUACAACAGGGAAGCUCUAUCUGGUGGAUCUGGCAGGAUCAGAGAGGGUAUCGCGUUCAGGUGCCGCUGGGGAUCGUCUUCGGGAGGCUCAAUGCAUCAACCGCUCUUUGUCUGCGCUUGGUGACGUAUUCUCAGCGUUGCGCUCCAAUCAGGCCCACAUUCCGUAUCGGAACUCCAAGCUCACCUACCUACUGCAGGAGCCACUCAGCCGAGAUGGCAAGGCUCUUCUCCUCUUACAAGUGUCCCCAGCUGAAAGGAAUGUUAGCGAGUCCCUCUGCUCCCUUCGCUUUGGAGACCGAGUCCGAGCCGUGGAACUAGGAGCACCCAGCAGGAAGAUUGAACAACCACCAUCGUCCAGCACAGAGACAUCAGAGAGUGACACCCCCUCACCGCGCGGAAUCAGGAACACAUCUGUGCGAAGAAAAGCUCCCAGCUCAGUGCGCCACCGAAUUGGACCACCGUAAGGGCCACGUCGAAGCUUAGAACAAUCCUGAACUGAAGCCAGUAUGGAGAAAAGGGGCGGAACUCCAGAUUGAGCGGAUGCCAGAUGCACCUUGAGUUACAACUACAUGAACUGAUAAUGCUGCCCAUUUAUAUUUCUACUUUAAUAUAUUUAUAGAGAAUUAACACUUUAUUACAGAGUAUUUUAUACCUAAA